AUGCAAAGUGUAAGUGAUAUUCCCAAGAUGAUUGAUCUCAAUGUUCGACGAAUUAAGCCCGCCGUGGAGCGUCAUUGGUUCCAAAGACAAGGAACGGCCGUCUCUCUUUCCGUGGAUCGUCUGGCUCCAUCAUUUAAUUUGAGCACGAUCUAUUUGCUGGCUGGUUUUGCUCCUCUUUGGCCCAGUCAGGUAGUAUCCAUCGUACUAUGUCCUUCUCCCAGCAUGAGAAGAACCAUCACGCUCCGUGACCAAAGGAGCGGAUGGAGGAGAAUCGAAACGAACAACAGACAAUUCAAAGCAUAA